UUACAUUGAUUUCAAUUCCAAACCAGCACCGCAUCACUAUCCGAAAUCCUAAUUAUCCAUUCCUACAAUUUUUCCGAUAACUAUUACUAAUUUCCAAUAAUAUUCAACGCUAUAAAUUAAAUAUAUUUGUUUCACUCGCACACACAGAAAAAGAGAAAGUGAAAACAGAGAAACCGACGAUAAUGGCGACGCACGACGAGCUUCCGAUCCCGAUUUACGAUAACCUAGAGCAUGUUUACGGCGCAGGUUCAUCUCUGGAAGAAGCUCAGCUUCGUUUCGAUAUUCUCAAAUCUAAAUUCGUUGAAAAUUUCGGUCACUCUCCUCAAUUAUUCGCUCGUUCACCUGGAAGAGUGAAUUUGAUUGGGGAACAUAUUGAUUAUGAAGGAUAUUCCGUGUUGCCUAUGGCUAUUCGUCAAGAUACGAUUAUCGCUAUUAGGAAAAAUGAAUCUCAAAAAGUUCUUAGGAUCACUAAUGUUAAUGAUCAGAAAUAUUCCAUUUGUACUUAUCCUGCUGAUCCUCUUCAGGAAUUGGAUUUGAAGAAUCACAAAUGGGGCCAUUAUUUUAUAUGUGGGUACAAAGGUUUUUAUGACUAUGCAAAAUUGAAGGGUGUGGAUGUUGGCGAACCUGUUGGACUUGAUGUUCUUGUUGAUGGGACCGUGCCAACAGGUUCGGGACUAUCAAGCUCUGCGGCAUUUGUUUGCUCUUCCACAAUUGCUAUUAUGGCUGCUUUUGAUGUGAACUUCCCAAAGAAAGAACUCGCACAAGUUACAUGUGAUUGUGAACGACAUAUUGGGACACAAUCUGGUGGGAUGGAUCAGGCAAUCUCUGUUAUGGCUAAGAAUGGGUUUGCAGAACUGAUUGAUUUCAACCCAAUUCGUGUGACGGAUGUGCAACUGCCUGCUGGUGGGACUUUUGUGAUAGCCAAUUCUUUGGCAGAGUCUCAGAAGGCUGUUACUGCUGCCACAAAUUAUAAUAACAGGGUUGUUGAAUGUCGUUUAGCUGCUAUUGUGCUCGCUAUAAAGCUAGGAAUGGCACCAACUGAGGCAAUUUCAAAAGUGAAAACACUAUCCGAUGUUGAAGGGUUAUGUGUAUCAUUUGCUGGUACUCGAAACUCAUCUGAUCCUGUACUCGCUGUGAAGGAAUAUUUGAAAGAAGAACCAUAUACAGCUGAAGAAAUCGAAGAAGUUACCAGGGAAAAGCUGACUACAUUUUUGAAUAUUAAUGCAUCUUACUUGGAAGUCAUAAAAGCUGCAAAGCAAUACAAGUUGCAUCAGAGAGCUGCUCAUGUGUAUUCAGAAGCCAAGAGGGUAUAUGCUUUCAAGGACGUUGUAUCAUCAAAUCUAAGCGACGAGGAGACGCUAAAGAAACUUGGUGACCUUAUGAACGAGAGUCAUUAUAGCUGCAGUAAUUUAUACGAAUGCAGCUGUCCGGAGUUGGAAGAACUUACAAAGAUUUCUCGUGACAAUGGUGCUUUUGGAGCAAGGCUGACUGGAGCUGGAUGGGGUGGUUGUGCUGUUGCUUUGGUGAAAGAGAGCAUAGUCCCACAAUUCAUCCUUAAUUUGAAGGAACAUUACUACCAAUCUAGGAUAGACAAAGGUGUCAUUAAGAAGAACGAUCUUGGUCUUUAUGUAUUUGCUUCCAAACCAUCGAGUGGUUCUGCCAUCUUCAAGUUUUAGAAUAUUUUCUUCACCCACUUCUUUGUUGAUAUUUAUGUUUUUUUAAUGAUCUUAACGUAGUACCAAACACAAUUUCUGGUGGAUUAAUAAGAAAAGGUACCCCAUCGUAAAAAAUAGACAAGAAAAGGUACCGUGUUUUUAUUGUGAAGUUGUUUUUCAUAUGUUAGUCAACACAACCAAAACGAAUAAUAGUAUUGCAGUUAUAUUUCGUAACGGGAAAACACAGUAUUUUUUAA